AUGGCAACGGAACUUUUGGGGAGGCGCACCGUCAGCGGCAGCGCAACCCUCGCGCCUCCCGCCAACGAAGAAUUGACACGACGAGCAAUGGAGCGUAGCCCCAGCAUGACGAUGCGAGCCGAGAAAGACGACUUGAAGGAGGCGGCCGAGGAGAGUUACAACGUCAUCAUGGACCUGAAUCUGGACGGCAAGGUUCGAUGGGUCAGUCCGUCGUGGGAUACCGUUAUCGGAACCUCCAGGGACACAAUUCAAGGCCAGCCGAUCGCGGACCUACUGGUGGACGAUAAGGAUGCGUUCCAGAGAGCGGUCGAGACGAUGAAGAGCGACGAUUCUAGGAGUUUCAAGCUCAGAUUCACGGUGGCCAUGGGGUCAAUGUCGAAGCUUUCCAAGGAUGCCUCCGCCAUCUCGACAGAGUCGUCGGCAGAGUCGACAGAGUCCGAAGUCGAAGCGUUCGAGAUGGACGAAAUGCCCGAGCAGCAGCAGCAAGAGCAACAGACGACUCUGACUUUGGAAGGACAAGGUAUUCUGAUCUACGACCGGGCUACUGGCGAGCCUAGCCAUACUAUGUGGGUCGUACGCCCUUUCGUCGAGCCUACCGAAAUCACGAUCGAUCUCGCUCCGGUCCUGGUCGAAUCACUGGGCGUCGGCGCGGGUAUGUUGGCGCGGUAUCUGACAAGUCUCGCGGAGCAGGGUGCUGUUGAUCCGAGGAACCAUCCACCUCCGAUGCCAGUGCUAUGUCGGAUAUGUGAGAGACAGAUUCAGCCAUGGUGGUUUGAGAAGCACUCGGAGCUCUGUAUGUUAGAGCACAAGGCGGAGAGCGAUGUUCAGCUCUGCCAGGAAAAUCUGCAAAUGCACAGGCAAGCUAUAGUCAGGGUCUUGGAUGCCAUGGAGCGACGAAUCACGCGGCCAGUGUCGGGAGAGCAAUCUCUACCACCUGUUCCAAUUGAAUAUCGUGGACUGCCAAUCGGUCCCCAAACGUCCUCAUCUUCCUCGGGAACUGCUUCCCCUGGCACUCCACCUCCCAGGUCGAGGGACCAUUCGGCGUCCGGAACCAGAUCGCGUCCUCCGCGUCGACCACUCGUGCGCAUCGUUGAAUUAUUGCUUGAUCUUUGUGACACGGCCCUAGAAAUUAGCACACCCGCAAUCAAAGAGGGUUACGGAGCGGUAGAAUUGGGCACCUUUCGAACGCAGUCCCCUGAGUCGGAGGCCCGAGUCAACCAGGUCAUGCAAUGGCAAUCACCCGCCACAAACACCCUUGAGGAAGAGAAGGGACUGGCUCUCCUGUGCCAAGAUACCGAGGCUGCGGCUCGGGCCAAGGUGGAGGCCGUCUAUCGACAUAGAAAUACCAUAGAAUACUCGGAGAGGAUACGCCUGGAGUUUAGUAUGCUUGUGCAGGAUUGUAUCGACGAGGCUCUAAGGAAGGCGUCGGUGUCUUCGAUCGAGGACCUGGACGAUUACACGGGCGGUUCCGAAGACGAAUCCAUCUUUGAGGGCGACUUCAAUGGUGCUCUGCAGAGAAGCAACAGCAACCUGGCGGAGCCUGGACAGAGGUUUAGGAGGCAUUCGUCCCCUGCGGGAUCGGGCACGACCAGUCCGAUGGAAUGCUCGACCCCAAAGUCACAGCAGAGUUUGCACAGGACUACUAGCCGCAGGAAGAGGUAUGGCCAUCGGUCGAGCAUGCAGUUCGACAACGAGGGGGCCGAUAGCGAUACCAGCGCGAAAUCUUCGUUGGCCGCCGCCAUCGGACACGCAUCCACCGAGAGUCCCAUAUCGGACCACGAAUUGUCGAUGCGGUUCAGCUCACGGAAUGAAAAGAGACGGAGCGCCUUCCAAUCUUCCGCGAGUAUCUCCCAUUCACCGAAGCGGCAACCGUCUCCCGCCCGCAUUGCGCCUUCAUCAUCACCCUUGAGAAUAAACAAGCCUCGAGGAUCCAUGUACGAAAACAUACCGACCCCCAUCACAUCACCUUUACUCUCCACGGGUGAUUUCUCCCCGGGUCCAGACCACGGCUUUCACCAUCGACGUCAGUCUUCGGCUGCUCUGUCCGAUCAGGUCAAAUCCGGAACACCUUCCUCUCCUCGACUAUCGGGCGUGAACCCAUCCCAGCAGAACCGUGCAGUGCCGCCUUCGAUCAAAGAUUUUGAGAUCAUCAAGCCCAUCAGUAAGGGUGCUUUCGGAAGCGUCUACCUCUCCAAGAAGAAGUCGACGGGAGAUUACUUCGCGAUCAAGGUUCUAAAGAAGGCGGACAUGAUUGCAAAGAAUCAAGUCACCAAUGUACGAGCCGAGAGGGCAAUCAUGAUGGUGCAGGGGGAGAGCGACUUCGUCGCAAAGCUCUUCUGGACAUUUGCCAGUAAAGACUACCUCUACCUGGUCAUGGAGUACCUGAAUGGUGGUGAUUGUGCCGCGCUCAUCAAGGUUUUGGGCGGACUUCCCGAGGAAUGGGCAAAAAAGUACAUGGCGGAGGUUGUCCUGGGCUUGGAGCAUUUGCAUAGCCGGGGGAUCAUUCACAGAGAUUUGAAACCUGACAAUCUUCUCAUCGAUCAGAAGGGGCAUCUCAAGUUGACAGAUUUCGGGCUUUCGCGAAUGGGCUUGAUUGGCCGUCAGAAGCGAGCGCAAACCCAAUCGUCGGAAUCGACUCCGGAUCUGUUGAAGCAAGGUCCGUUUGCGAGGUCAAAGUCAAUGGCUUCCUCCCGCGGAACUGGUCAGGACGAGACGAGUGAUUGGUGGUCAUUGGGAUGCAUCCUGUUCGAGUUUCUAUACGGCUAUCCUCCUUUCCACGCUGAUACGCCCGAGCAAGUGUUUGCGAACAUCCUGGCUCGGAAGAUUGAUUGGCCGGAUGAAGACGAGGACGAGGCGUCGCCGGAGGCCAAGGAUAUCAUGAACAGGCUAAUGUGCAGCGACCAAACCCAAAGACUCGGUGUUAAUGGCGCCGAUGAGGUGCGGAGGCAUCCUUUCUUUGCGGAACUCAAUUGGGAGACCUUACUCGAAGAAGAACCCCAGUUUGUUCCAACACCCCAGAACCCCGAAGACACGGAAUACUUCGACUCGCGAGGCGCAACACUGCAAUCCUUCACGGACGAGUUCGACGAUCAGUCGACACCAUGCUCCACGCCCGGCGCGGACCUCCCAGAACGGCCUCAUGAUGCCGUAUCUCGUGUGAGGAAGGAGAUCAGCUCGAAUAAGCGUGGACUUAUUCCAUUGUCGAUUCCUCCUCACGUACGAGAGGGCCGCAACAGAAGGCUUAGUGAGCCAGUUGCCCAGGAUGACUUUGGAAACUUCGCCUUCAAGAACUUGCCUGUCCUGGAGAAGGCGAAUAAGGAUGUCAUACAGAAACUGAAGACCGAAGCCUUGAAGUCCGCGCCUGCUCUGGCGACUUCGAACCCUUCGUCUCCGCUGGAAGUCAGUCCCAUCGCCUCCACAAAACCACUGGGGAGAGCUUUGUCGACUUCCUCCAAGAAUGGCGGGAAGCGGCCAGUGUCACCUUCCAACCACCUCUCCUCUUCCGCUCGGGUAUCGCAGCCAUCAUCUCCGCUUCUGUUGUCCUUCACUGCUGGGACCAGUGACAAGAGAAAAGCGUCAACUGCAAGUGGAUCUUCGAAUUUGUCUCAGCAGUCGAGUCACAAAAUGCCAGUACCGUCCACCCCAACCUCGGUAUCGACCUCGCCCACCAAGACGUUCCACCAGGACAAGCAGCCGAUUCCGUCCAGUGCCAACCCACGUGUACGUUCGCUCACGGUCGGUUCGACCGAUAGUGAGACCACUUCGGUUGUCGACACCUUCAGACAACAGCAAAAGCGGCGCAGUCAGGUAUUCGAUAUGUCUCCCUCCUCUUCCGACAACGAGGAUGUCCGAAGCACUGCAUUGCUUCGGGUUCAGCGACGACGACAGAGCGCUCGGAGGAUGUCGAACAUCAGCUUCCAAGAUUGCCCAGUAUUCCGGCCGCUGGACGUUCUGGUUUGUGAGGAUCACCCGGUUUCUAGGAUGGUUAUGGAGAGGCUUCUGGAGAAGUUGAAGUGUCGUACUAUCAUGGUGGAGAAUGGCGCCGAAGCGAUGCGCUAUGCUAUGGGCGAAGUUAAAUUUGACAUCAUCUUGAUGGAAUUUAAACUCCCUCAGAUCAAUGGAGAGGAUGUUGCACGAAUGAUCCGGACGAGCAGGAACCCCAAUUCCGCCACUCCCAUCGUCGCCGUCACCGGCUACUUGAAGGACCUCUCGGAUCCGCAGCACUUUGACGAACUGAUGGAGAAGCCUGCGACUCCGUCCAAGCUUAUCGAUGUAUUGGAGCGUCUCUGCUUCUGGAAGGCCCCAGCUCCUGAGCGACCAGCUUUCGGGGAACGGAAGGAGUCGCUCGGUCUCAAUCUCAACCAGCCGUCCGAUAUCUUGGACUUACAGCAUGGAAGGAUGUCGCCGACGGUUGAGCCGUUCAUGUCCGGUGGGAGACCCCGGCUUCUUUCUCAAUUCCUCCCGCUGGACGACGACGCGGUGUCAAUCUCCAGCAACAACUCUCGGACAAAUGACUGGGAUCCCCCUCAAGGAUCAAGUUUGGAGCCGGAACCGGUCAGCUUGCCGUCACCUCCCGUUCAUAUACAGCACCAGGAGACAGCACCAGGUAGACUACAGUCGCACGCCAUGGAGAGGAUUCCGUCUCCGCUGUCGACGCACGUCAGCACUGGGAUGAUCGACAACCCUACCCCUACACUGCCGUCUUUGCCGGACAUGAUACCUCUGCCUCCAUCCAUGACUGCGACACCUGCAUUUGGCACUCCGUCUGUCGAGCUGUUGAAAUCACCGCUCAGCAGAUCGAGCUCGCCACUUCCAGGCUAUCGAGGGCACUCUGCAGCAGAAAAUUCCCUUCUAUAUGAUGCUGCGCAGAAACAGCCGGUCAAAGAGGAAAAGUCUAGGUUCAGCAUGAUAUUUUCGCCUUCGAAAGACAAGGACACAUCCAGCCAAGACGAGGAACAAUCACAAUCCACGCCUCUCGAUUUCAAGAAUAGAGGCAAGCGAAGCUCUCUGGAGAAGAAGAAGGAAAAGUUGGGCAAGCAACGCAAGGAAGGACUAUUGGGAGAGGAGGCCGAUGCCGACGACGAGGAUUCAAUCAGUGGUGGGAAGAAACCAAACAAGAGCAGAAGUAUUGGGGAGAUGAUCCGAGGGGUCAAAUGGAGUCCCCCUGAGCUCAAGAGGACGAAGAGCAGCGAGGGGAGACGGUGA